CAUCCCAUAGCAGUACAGACUCAGGCCUGAGAGCUGAUCAUGCCGUUGGACACCCUUCCUGGUUGGCUGAAUGCCGUGGCCUGUGGGCUUCUGUUUCUUCUCCAAGUGCAUGGUCAAGACUCAGCCAGCCCCAUCAGGACUACACACACAGGACAGGUUCAGGGCAGUCUUGUCCACUUCAGUGACACAAGAGAGGGUGUCUACACCUUCCUGGGAAUUCCCUUUGCCAAGCCACCUCUAGGAAAACUGAGAUUUGCACCCCCAGAGGCUCCCGAACCAUGGAGUGGUGUUAGGGAUGGAACCUCCUACCCAGCCAGGUGUCUACAAAAUUCUGAAACAAAGAAUGCAAAGAGUCUGGCAAUGAUGAAACUGAGCAUGACUCCCAUCUCUACAUCUGAGGACUGCCUGUAUCUCAACAUCUACACACCAGCUCAUGCCCAUGAGGGCUCUAACCUGCCUGUGAUGGUGUGGAUCCAUGGAGGUGGACUGGUAGAGGGCAUGGCUUCUGUGUAUGAUGGAUCCAUGCUGGCAGCCAUGGAGGAUGUGGUGGUGAUCACUAUCCAGUACCGUCUGGGUGUCCUGGGCUUCUUCAGCACUGGAGACAAGCAUGCCAAAGGCAACUGGGGCUACCUGGACCAAGUGGCUGCCCUACGCUGGGUCAGGCAGAAUAUCGCCCAUUUUGGAGGCAACCCUGACUGUGUCACCAUUUUUGGACAGUCUGCAGGAGCUACAAGUGUGUCUUCACUUGUUGUGUCCCCCAUGUCCCAAGGACUCUUCCACAGAGCCAUCAUGGAAAGUGGGGUGACCCUGGUACCUGUACUUAUCUCCAACAAUUCUGACAUGGUCUACACAAUAGUGGCCAACUUAUCUGGUUGUGAGGCUGUGGACUCAGAGACCCUGGUGCACUGUCUGAGAAACAAGAGUGAAGAGGAGAUUCUGGCUAUUAACAAGGUCUUCAAGAUGAUCCCUGCUGUGGUAGAUGGAGAGUUCCUACCCAGGCAUCCCCAAGAUUUGUUGGCUUCUGUGGAUUUUCACCCUGUCCCCAGCAUUAUUGGUGUCAACAGUGAUGAAUAUGGUUGGCUUCUACCCGAGAUCACAGGCACUGACAAAACAAUAAAGAACAUAACAAGGGAGACCCUUCAGGCUGUUCUGAAGAGCAUGGCAGCACAGGUGAUGUUACCUCCUGAGUGUAGUGACCUGCCAAUGGAAGAGUACAUGCGGGACACUGAAGACACCCAGACCCUCCAAAUACAGUUCAACAAAAUGAUGGGGGACUUCAUGAUCAUUAGCCCCUCACUCCAAGUUGCAAAUUUUCAGUAUUCCCAUGGUCCUGUCUACUUUUAUGAGUUCUGUUAUGACACCAACUUCUUCAAAGAUGUCAGACCACCCCAUGUGAAAGCUGACCAUGGAGACGAAGUUCCCUUUGUCUUUGGGUCCUCCUUCUGGGGCAUAAAACCUGACUUCACUGAGGAGGAGGAGCUGCUGAGCUGGAGGGUGAUGAAGUACUGGACUAACUUUGCACGAUAUGGGAACCCCAACAGUGAGGGUCUACCCUACUGGCCUGUGUUUGACCACAAUGAGCAGUACCUGCAGCUGGACACCCUGUCUGCCGUGGGCCGAGUCCUGAAUGCCAGAAGGCCGGGGUUCUGGGCCAAGAUUCUGCCAAAGAAGAUCCAGGAGCAAAAUAGGGGUCAGGAGAAUCACAAAGAGUUCUAGUACCCUGUGAGACCAAUGGUGUGAAGGGUUGAGUACACAUGGGGUCACCGUAACAUCCUUAGAGAAUUCUGGUUAAAAUGCAACAGUCACAGAACCAACCAUCCCUUACAGUUGUCCAUUUGGCCAGCAUGUAUGACACACCCUUGAUGUGUCACUCAUUACUCAAUAUGCUGGGACACCUUUCAUAAGACCCACACAGUAAAUGCCCCAAGACUGUAUAGAUUGUGAUCCCCUAAGUGCCCCCAGUCUUCUUUCACAGUACACUGGGACCCAGCUCCUCCCUUCCUUUCAUCAUCUGCUUUAAUCCUCUGUCCUCUUCCCCAAGCCCCACACAUUAUUCAAUGAAACUGAAGUAUUGAAAAUAUUGACUACAUGGGAGUGGCCUGUGUCAAAAUCCUAUGUUCUCUCAGCAAGUCUCCUGUCUUUCUUACUUGUAAGUAGCCAAUAAAGAAACCUAAUAACCCAAA